GUUAUCUCGAACGAAUAUAUUCAGGCUUAGAGGAAGACCACUCGAGAGGCUUUUUGUUUGGCAACUAUUUGAAGCGAAACUUCUGAGCGAACACUUGGGACGUUUGGUAUAGCGGCCUCAAGCGAAGGUCUCCGCACAUUAGCAGCGUCCACGGUUGCGUCUUGCGUGCGACCAAUCAGAAGCCUUUCUCUUGAACGCUGCUAAAUAUGUAGGUACACUAGCUGCAUUGACAUUACUUCAAGUCACAGUGAUAAGAGGCUACGAUGUAAUGCUGUCGAAACCUGUGACUAAGCCGAUCGUUUGUCCCUGUGAGUACAACUUCCAACCCGUCUGCGGUUCCGACGGCAUAACAUACACAAACAAGUGUUUACUCGACUGCUACAAUUCGGCUGCUGCGAAGGGCACACCACCUGUCACCGAAUGUACAGAUGGCACCACGUGCAAUGAAUGCGUUUGCUUGCCGAUAGACCUCCCAGUGUGCAGCGUGGACGGACGAACGUAUUCUAACGAAUGCGAGAUGGCAUGUGAGAAUCAAAGGAAUGUGAAGGAAAAAGAACCUCUCGUGUAUCUCGCAUACAGAGCUGCUUGUCUCGGCCCGCCCUGUAACUGCUCGACUAUAGCCACCCCCGUGUGCGGCACAGACAACGUCCUGUACAGAAACCUUUGCGAGCUCGAAUGCGCUAACAAUAACGCCAUAGCUCGAAAUCUGCAUCCAAUCGAAUUCAAUAACGUCGGGGCUUGUUUAGAUGAAUGCCAGUGUCCUGGUAUCAAAGCCCCAAUCUGCGGAAGCGACGGCAUCCUGUAUGAUAACGUCUGCGAGAUAGCCUGUCAGAAUAGAAAGCAGACUUGCUCUUUGAGCGCGCCGGUCACGUCUACUCCUACAAAAAUAUGUUUGCCGUGCGCAUGCGCAUUGGUAUCUGAACCAGUUUGCGGGACUGACGGAAAAAUGGAGCCCACAACCUAUCCUAAUAAGUGCGAGCUAAGUUGUGUAGCUAAGCGCACUAACAACCCAUACUUAAGCGUUAAAAGUUACGGGGCUUGUGCGGAUUGUUUCUGUACGGGUCAAUACUUGCCCGUUUGUGGUACUGAUGGUAGAACUUAUCCUAACGAGUGUGAGCUGAGAUGCGCUAACACUGCACGCUCGAAGGGUGACGCGUACGUCAGCGUGUUCCACAGCGGCCCGUGCCAGAUGGUAGAGGGCUGUGACUGCUUCCAUUGCCCGAAGGAGUACGUGCCGAUGUGCGGUGGCGACGGCGUCACCUACUGGAACCUCUGCUGGCUGAACUGCAACAAUAGCUGCAGCAAGAAGCUCGGUAAACAAAUAUUCCUGGCUAAAAGAGGAUCGUGUGCACUCUAACAUUAAUAAUUAUUGAUUAACUUUUGAACAAAACAUGUAAUGUA